UAACUGCUUCAUCUUCGAGGCCAUAUCACGCUGGUAUUUUGAUUUUCUGAUCGACAAGAACGGUGGUCAGGAAGUGAUCGCCAUGUUUACCUCAUAAACGUGACCGCUGACGAGCCGCUGAGUGAAAAAACAGUAUGGCGCGGGCUGGUGUGGGUGGCGGACUUAUCGUCAUAAGAUAUUCGAAUACAUGCUAAAAAAAGCUUUAGGACCCUCAGUCUAAACAGUGAAGGCAUGCUUCGUGGUACAGGCAACUUUUAUUUUAUUCUCAUAACUUCUUCCUUUAAAUUAGAACUGGUAUUAAUUAAUAGAGUUAAUUAAAUAUUUUUAACCGAGGUACCAAUAUGACCUUUUGCUUGUCCUCAGUGGUAUAAAAUAAGGUGUCUUUUCUUCCAGAACCUUUUAUUUAUGCGUUAUUGCACGGAAUGAACACUAUACUUAGAAGGUUUGUUCUCAAUCAAUCAAUCUCAAUCAUUUUUGUUGUUCCCAAGACUGUAUGCAAAAUCAUUGCUUUACACAAAGCUGACUCUAAAAUAUGAUUUUCCGUAACAGUAACCAAUGUCAUUUACGUAAGGUGUAAAUAAAACUAGCAAUGUGCAAUUUUUAGCGUUUUCCACUAAUAAGCCUGACAUACAAUUGUCAAGUGAACUAUGUUAGUUUCAGCUCAUUCCUUGAUUAGAUGUGACCUUUUAAAAAAUCACGAAAAAACCACCAAACCACCAAAAAAUCGGUUUACUUAUAAAACUCUUUGUCGUUGUCGUAAGAAAAAAAUUACAGGAAAAUUGCAAAUGAAAAGAAUAGGGUUUAGUGAUAAAAGGUCACAUCUAAUCAAGGAUUGAGCUGAAACUAACAUAGUUCACUUGACAAUUGUAUGUCAGGCAGUUAUGUUGUUGGUAGGUGCGUAGUGUAAGCGUCAUAUAGUGGUUCCCCGUUAGUUAAUAUGUGGCAUAACUUUACAUAGCCAUACUCAGCCCUACACAGCCCUACAUUGCCCUACAUAGCCCUACAUAGCCUUACAUAGCCAUACAUAGCCAUACAUAGCCCUACAUAGCCAUACACAGCCCUACAUACCCAUACAUAGCCAUACACAGCCAUACACAGCCCUACAUAGCCCUAUAUAGCCAUACACAGCCCUACAUAGCCAUACAUAGCCAUACAUAUCCCUACAUAGCCCUACACAGCCCUAUAUAGCCCUACAUAGCCAUACAUAACCAUAAAUAGCCCUACAUAGCUCUACAUAGCCAUACACAGCCCUACAUAGCCAUACAUAGCCAUACAUAACCAUACAUAGCCCUACAUAGCCAUACAUAGCCCUACAUAGCCAUACAUAGCCCUACAUAGCCCCACAUAGCCCUACAUAGCCCUACAUAGCCAUACAUAGCCAUACAUAACAUACAUAACCCUACAUAGCCCUACAUAGCCAUAAAUAGCCCUACAUAGCCGUACACAGCCAUACAUAGCCAUACAUAACCAUACAUAGCCCUACAUAGCCGUACACAGCCAUACAUAGCCAUACAUAACCAUAAAUAGCCCUACAUAGCCCUACAUAGCCAUACAGAACCAUACAUAGCCCUACAUAGCCCUACAUAGCCCUACACAACCAUAAAUAGCCCUACACAACCAUACAUAGCCCUAGAUAGCCCUACAUAGCCCUACAUAGCCAUACACAGCCCUACAUAGCCAUUCAUAGCCAUACAUAACCAUACAUAGCCCUACAUAGCCAUACAUAGCCCUACAUAGCCAUACAUAGCCCUACAUAGCCCCACAUAGCCCUACAUAGCCCUACAUAGCCAUACAUAGCCAUACAUAACAUAUAUAACCCUACAUAGCCCUACAUAGCCAUAAAUAGCCCUACAUAGCCGUACACAGCCAUACAUAGCCAUACAUAACCAUAUAUAGCCCUACAUAGCCGUACACAGCCAUACAUAGCCAUACAUAACCAUAAAUAGCCCUACAUAGCCCUACAUAGCCAUACAGAACCAUACAUAGCCCUACAUAGCCCUACAUAGCCAUACAGAACCAUACAUAGCCCUACAUAGCCAUACAUAACCAUACAUAGCCCUACAUAGCCCUACAUAGCCAUACAGAGCCAUACAUAGCCAUACAUAGCCAUACAUAUCCCUACAUAGCCCUACACAGCCCUACAUACCCCUACAUAGCCAUACAUAGCCAUACAUAACCAUAAAUAGCCCUACAUAGCUCUACAUAGCCAUACAGAGCCCUACAUAGCCAUACACAGCCAUACAUAGCCCUACAUAGCCCUACACAGCCCUACAUAGCCAUACAUAGCCAUACAUAACCAUACAUAGCCCUACGUAACCUUAUAUAGCCAUACACAGCCCUACAUAGCCAUACAUAGCCCUACAUAGUCCUACAUAGCCAUACAUAACCAUACAUAGCCAUACAUAGCCCUACAUAGCCAUACAUAGCCAUACAUAGCCCUACACAGCCCUACACAGCCCUAUGUAGCCAUACAUAGCCAUACAUACCAUACACAGCCCUACAUAGCCCUACAUAGCCCUACAUAGCCAUACAUAGCCAUACAUAGCCAUACAUAACCAUAAAUAGCCCUACAUAGCUCUACAUAGCCAUACACAGCCCUACAUAGCCAUACAUAGCCAUACAUAGCCCUACAUAGCCCUACACAGCCCUACAUAGCCUUACAUAGCCAUACAUAACCAUACAUAGCCCUACAUAGCCCUCUAUAGUCAUACACAGCCUUACAUAGCCCUACAUAGCCAUACAUAGCCCUACAUAGUCCUUCAUAGCCAUACAUAGUCAUACAUAGCCAUACAUAGCCCUACAUACCCAUACAUAGCCCUACAUAGCCCUACACAGCCCUACACAGCCCUAUGUAGCCAUACAUAGCCAUACAUACUAUUCAUAGCCAUACUUAGCCCUACAUAGCCAUACAUAGCCAUACAUAGUCCUACAUAGCCAUACAUAGCCCUACACAGCCCUACAUAGCGAUACAUAGCCCUACAUAACCAUACAUAGCCCUACAUAGCCCUACAUAGCCAUACACAGCCAUACAUAGCCAUACACAGCCAUACACAGCCCUACAUAGCCAUACAUAGCCAUACAUAGCCCUACUAGCCCUAAAUAGCAAUACACAGCCCUACAUAGCCAUACAUAGCCAUACAUAUCCCUACAUAGCCCUACACAGCCCUACAUAGCCCUACAUAGCCAUACAUAACCAUAAAUAGUCCUACAUAGCUCUACAUAGCCAUACACAGCCCUACAUAGCCAUACAUAGCCAUACAUAGCCCUACAUAGCCCUACACAGCCCUAUAUAGCCAUACAUAGCCAUACAUAACCAUACAUAGCCCUACGUAGCCCUAUAUAGCCAUACAUAGCCCUACAUAGCCCUACACAACCAUAAAUAGCCAUACACAACCAUACAUAGCCCUAGAUAGCCCUACAUAGCCCUACAUAGCCAUACACAGCCCUACAUAGCCAUUCAUAGCCAUACAUAACCAUACAUAUCCCUACAUAGCCAUACAUAGCCCUACAUAGCCAUACAUAGCCCUACAUAGCCCUACAUAGCCCUACAUAGCCCUACAUAGCCCUACACAGCCAUACAUAGCCAUACAUAACCAUACAUAACCCUACAUAGCCCUACAUAGCCAUAAAUAGCCCUACAUAGCCCUACAUAGCCGUACACAGCCAUACAUAGCCAUACAUAACCAUACAUAGCCCUACAUAGCCGUACACAGCCAUACAUAGCCAUACAUAACCAUAAAUAGCCCUACAUAGCCCUACAUAGCCAUACAGAACCAUACAUAGCCCUACAUAGCCCUACAUAGCCAUACAGAACCAUACAUAGCCCUACAUAGCCAUACAUAACCAUACAUAGCCCUACAUAGCCCUACAUAGCCCUACAGAGCCAUACAUAGCCAUAUAUAGCCAUACAUAUCCCUACAUAGCCCUACACAGCCCUACAUAGCCCUACAUAGCCAUACAUAGCCAUACAUACCCAUAAAUAGCCCUACAUAGCUCUACAUAACCAUACACAGCCCUACAUAGCCAUACACAGCCAUACAUAGCCCUACAUAGCCCUACACAGCCCUACAUAGCCAUACAUAGCCAUACAUAACCAUACAUAGCCCUACAUAACCUUAUAUAGCCAUACACAGCCCUACAUAGCCCUACAUAGCCAUACAUAGCCCUACAUAGUCUUACAUAGCCAUACAUAACCAUACAUAGCCAUACAUAGCCCUACAUAGCCAUACAUAGCCAUACAUAGCCCUACACAGCCCUACACAGCCCUAUGUAGCCAUACAUAGCCCUACAUAGCCAUACAUAGCCAUACAUAGCCCUACACAGCCCUACAUAGCCCUACAUAGCCAUACAUAGCCAUACAUAACCAUAAAUAGCCCUACAUAGCUCUAGAUAGCCAUACACAGCCCUACAUAGCCAUACAUAGCCAUACAUAGCCCUACAUAGCCCUACACAGCCUUACAUAGCCUUACAUAGCUAUACAUAACCAUACAUAGCCCUACAUAGCCCUCUAUAGUCAUACACAGCCUUACAUAGCCCUACAUAGCCAUACAUAGCCCUACAUAGUCCUUCAUAGCCAUACAUAGUCAUACAUAGCCAUACAUAGCCCUACAUAGCCCUACACAGCCCUACACAGCCCUAUGUAGCCAUACAUAGCCAUACAUACUAUUCAUAGCCAUACAUAGCCCUACAUAGCCAUACGUAGCCAUACAUAGUCCUACAUAGCCAUACAUAGCCCUACACAGCCCUACAUUGCGAUACAUAGCCCUACAUAACCAUACAUAGCCCUACAUAGCCCUACAUAGCCAUACACAGCCAUACAUAGCCAUACACAGCCAUACACAGCCCUACAUAGCCAUACAUAGCCAUACAUAGCCCUACAUAGCCAUACAUAGCCAUACAUAGCCCUACAUAGCCAUACGUAGCCCUGCAUAGCCCUACAUAGCCAUACACAGCAAACAUAGCCAUACACAGCCAUACACAGCCCUACAUAGCCAUACAUAGCCAUACAUAGCCCUACAUAGCCAUACAUAGCCAUACAUAGCCAUACAUAGCCAUACGUAGCCCUACAUAGCCCUACAUAGCCCUACAUAGCCAUACACAGCCAAACAUAGCCCUACAUAGCCCUAAAUAGCCAUACACAGUCGUACAUGGCCCUACUUAGCCAUACAUAGCCAUACACAGUCCUACAUAGCCAUACACAGCCAUACACAGCCCUACAUAACCAUACGUAUCCCUACAUAGCCCUACAUUGCCAUACAUAGCCAUAUACAGCCCUACAUAGCCAUUUAAAAAAUAACUAAGAUAGUAUGCGCGCUCUGAUUGGGCGAGAGUAAUGUUUGCAUGAGAGGAGGUAAAGAUCGUUUUGGCGCCAAGAUGUUUCGCUUUUCGCGCAGUUAUCGUUCAGGCACGAAUUUCAAAAAGUUCUGGAGUUCAAAACUCGACAAGUUUACUUUAUUUACCCAUUUCUUUGUCGGCUGAAACUUGGAAAAUCCUUACAAAGAAGGUGUGUUUUUCCGAACGUGUAACAUUAUAUGCUCUCUUAUGUCAUAGUAAAAGUAAUAACGAUUACAUAGGAAAAUACAAAGACCUGCGGUUGUACAGUUCUGAAACCACAAACAGAAUUUACCUGUUCAGGAGCUAGUUAAGCUUGGGACGUAUUUAUAACUGAUUUGGUGGAAGUUUUGGCACUUUAACAUACCUAUUGUCUGUGCAACCCUAAAGAGCUGUACUCAUCAACUCAUUUACAGCCAAACAGCCAAGCGCAAUCUUUUAUUAUCAUACACGGCCCUGGAAACUUGGACACAUUGGGUCGGUUAUUUAAACGAAGUCCAACUUUGGCAGCAGUUUAGGAGAUCUUUGGACCUCCAAAUCUCUUCCUUAGUGGAUUCUUUAAAGAAGACAAAUGCUUUUCUUGUCCACGUUAUAUGCGCUACUGAAACUGUCACAGUAACGGGUGUCUACAUAAAAGCGUUCACCACACGAAAAAUGGCAUAAAACGCAUUUUCUUAAAACUCUACCUAAACGCCAUUUAAAUAACUGACCCACUGUUUUACAUAUGGCCACACAUAGCGCUAUGUCAAUGUGUCAAUAGGCCAAUUUCGAAAAUACAACCCUACUAUUUGUUUUCCCUCCAAAGUUUUGCACAUGCAUUGUUUUUUAAUAGUUUCUUGAGGGAGCAACAAUCACCCCCACGAAAAGUUGAAAGCAAUACUUAUUCAAACUUUUCUAGAGAAAACAAGGAGUAUUAAAAAGGCCUAUCGAAAAAGGCCCAUAUUCAGUUAUACCCUCUAGGUGCUUAUUCGAGGUGGGUGCUUGUUUGAGUCUGAAUAUUAAUUAAAAUUUUGUGAUUUUCAGCAAGUAGUAAGUUAAUUUACCAACAAAACAGUAAAUAACACCAAAAUUUGUGCGAGGACAGAAUUUUAGUUUAAAUUUGAAAGAAAAAUACCUAAGAACUAGGCCUUGGGAGACACCCAGUCAAUUUGUAUCUCCAUCUCAUUGUCAGCAGGAUCAAUAAGUGAUCUCUCUGGUUUACCUUGUCCCUGUCUCACAGUAUAAUGCCCACAAACAAUGUGUUUUUUUUACAAGUGGACAAGAAGUUUUAGACAAGAAACAGUUGUGGCAGUAAAUAUACCAACCGAUAUCUCUUCUUGUCCAAGUACAUGUUACAUUUCUGUCUCGCUGUAUUCAUUAUUAUAAGAGAGGGAAUAAAAACAACUACAACAUUGAAAGCUUUACGUUGAAUGAACAAAAACUGUUAUUUAUAUGGUUACAUUGGUGUCCGCAAUUAUGCGGCGUUUUAGCGAUCAAGGUCUGAUGAUGUGUAUCACUAUGUGGGGUGUGGAAAAUUUACUACUAACCCCUAGGAAAUUUAUUACUAACCCUAGGGAGACCAGCGAGGCAGUGGAUUCCCAUACUAAAACAGACAUCUAUAGGUCAGUGUCACGGAAUUUAUUUAUGCACAGCCAUAACCGAUACCUUAACGAGCAAAUAUAGUGUCGAAAAUAACUUUAAGUGGCACCAAAAUCGGCAAUUUACAUCACUAAGGGAAACGAUGAGCAUCCCCUUCACUCUUAUGAGAGUGUCACCCCCAGGGUGUACAUCUAAUAAAUACAUCAAUACGAGUAUGCGAUUUGGCAUUAAAUCUGCAGGUUCUUUGGUGAAUUGUGCCAAUUGAUAUUCAACCAUGAAGUCCAAUAGAUGGGUAGUGUGAACCUCUAAGGGAUUUGAAGAAAAUUACAAUUCAAAUCUCCCAGUAUAUACUGAAUUUCUUAAUAUCUGGAAUCUGUCGGGGUAUGUAGGGUUAUGUACGAGAGAGGAUGUCCUAUCAAUCUCAGAGAAAAAGUGGCUGCAAUAUUUCCAAACUCUUCAUUCUAAUGAAUCUCUUAACCCAGACCAUUUUCGGAUAAAUUAGAAGUGAAAUGGUAAAAGCUCUUUUAGAGUCUUGACACUUUGAUGCCUGUAUAUGAUAAAUUAUUCAAUUCCUUCCCUAGGUACCAUGCCUCAGACCUAAUGGGGUGAUCUUAUUACUCCCAUCUAUAAUUCGAGCGGGAGUAAUAACCCGGCAAUUUCCGAGGUAUAUCUGUCUCCAGCUACCUGUGUUCGACAUCUUAAACCAACGACUCCUCAAAAAUGUCAUGUCUUUAAAUACACGUAACAAUUGAAUCUCAAGUCGGCUUUUCUUUUUUUUAACAAAUAACCGCACAGCAGAACACGUCUUUCCUUUACGUUCAUAAUCACCAGGAAAAGAUUUAUGCAUGCUUUGUCUGCACUUUAAAAAACUUUUCACUACGUCAGCCAUGUAGAGCUCCUGCACAUGUGUAUGGUAAUAUAGGGUUAUGUAAGGGUAUAUAAGGCUAUCUAUAGGGUUAUGUAGGGUUAUUUAGGGCAUGUAGGGCUAUGUAGGGUUAGGAAUGGCUAUGUAGGGCUACAUAGGGCUAUGUAUGGCUAUGUAUGGCUAUGUAGGGCUAUGUAUGGCUACGUAUCGCGAUGUAGAGCUAAGUAGGCCUAUGUAUGGCUAUGUAGGGCUAUGAAGGGCUGUGUAGGGCUAUGUAGGGCUAUCUAUGGCUAUGUAGGGCUGUGUAGGGCUAUGUAGGGCUUUGUAGGAUUCUGUAAGGCUAUGUAUGGCUGUGUAUCGCUAUGUAGGGCUAUGUAUGGAUAUGUAGGGCUAUGUAGGGCUAUAUAUGGCCAUGUAGGGCUAUGUAGGGCUAUGUAUGGCUAUGUAGGUCUAUGUAGGGCUAUGUAGGGUUAUGUAUGGCUAUGUAUGGCUAUGUAGGGCUAUGAAGGGCUGUGUAGGGCUAUGUAGGGCUAUCUAUGGCUAUGUAGGGCUGUGUAGGGCUAUGUAGGGCUCUGUAGGGCUCUGUAAGGCUAUGUAUGGCUAUGUAUCACUAUGUAGGGCUAUGUAUGGAUAUGUAGGGCUAUGUAGGGCUAUAUAUGGCCAUGUAGGGCUAUGGAGGGCUAUGUACGGCUAUGUAAGUCUAUGUAGGGCUAUUUAGGGUUAUGUAUGGCUAUGUAUGGCUAUGUAGGGCUAUGUAUAGCUAUGUAUGGCUAUGUAUGGUUGUGUAGGGCUAUGUAGGGUUGUGUAGGGCUAUGUAGGGCUGUGUAGGGCUAUGUAUGGCUAUGUAGGGCUAUGUAGGGCUAUGUAGGGCUAUGUAUGGCUAUGUAUGGCUAUGUAAGGCUAUGUAGGGCUAUGUAUGGCUAUGUAUGGCUAUGUAGGGCUAUGUAAGGCUAUGUAGGGCUAUGUAGGGCUAUGUAUGGUUAUGUAUGGCUAUGUAUGGCUAUGUAGGGCUAUGUAGGGCUAUGUAUGGUUAUGUAUGGCUAUGUAUGGCUAUGUAGGGCUAUGUAGGGCUAUGUAUGGCUAUGUAAGUCUAUGUAGGGCUAUGUAUGGCUAUGGAGGGCUGUUUAGGGAUAUGUAAGGCUAUGUAGGGCUAUGUAUGGCUAUGUAGGGCUGUGUAUGGCUGUGUAUGGCUAUGUACGGCUGUGUAUGGGUAUGUAGGGCUAUGUAGGGCUAUGUAUGGUUAUGUAUGGCUAUGUAUGGCUAUGUAGGGCUAUGUAUGGCUAUGUAGGGCGAUGUAUGGCUAUGUAGGGCUAUGUAGGGCUAUGUAUGGCUAUGUAGGGCUGUGUAUGGCUAUGUAGGUCUAUGUAGGGCUAUGUAUGGCUAUGUAGGGCUAUGUAGGGAUCUGUAGGGCUAUGUAUGGUUAUGCAUCCCUAUGUUUGGCUAUGUAGGGCUAUGUAUGGCUAUGUACGGCUAUUUAUAGCUAUGUAUGGCUAUGCAGGGCUAUGUAGGGCUAUGUAGAGCUGUGUAUGGCUGUGUAUGGCUAUGUAGGUCUUUGUAGGGCUAUGUAUGGCUAUGUAUGACUAUGUAUGGCUAUGUAUGGCUAUGCAGGGCUAUGCAUGAUUAUGUAUGCCUAUGUAUGCCUAUGUAUGGCUAUGUAGGGCUACAUAUGCCUAUGUAUGCCUAUGUAUGGCUAUGUAGGGCUAUGUAAAGCUUUGAAUGGCUAUGUAUGGCUAUAUAGGGCUGUGUAUGGCUAUGUAGGGCUAUGUAGGGCUAUGUAUGGCUAAGUAUGGUUAUGUAGGGCUAUGUAGAGCUGUGUAUGGCUAUGUAGGGCUGUGUAUGGCUAUGUAGGGCUAUGUACGGCUGUGUAUGGUUAUGUAGGGCUAAGUAGGGCUAUGUAUGGCCAUGUAGGGCUAUGUAGGGCUCUGUAUGGCUAUGUAGGUCUAUUUAGGGUUAUGUAGAGUUAUGUAUGGCUAUGUAUGGCUAUGUAGGGCUAUGUAUGGCUAUGUACGGCUAUUUAUAGCUAUGUAUGGCGAUGAAGGGCUAUGUAGGGCUGUGUAUGGCUGUGUAUGGCUAUGUAGGUCUUUGUAGGGCUAUGUAUGGCUAUGUAUGACUAUAUAUGGCUAUGUAUGGCUAGGCAGGGUUAUAUAUGGUUAUGUAUGCCUAUGUAUGGCUAUGUAGGGCUAUAUAUGCCUAUGUAUGCCUAUGUAUGGCUAUGUAGGGCUAUGUAAAACUAUGAAUGGCUAUGUAUGGCUAUGUAGGGCUGUGUAUGGCUAUGUAGGGCUAUGUAUGGCUAUGUAUGGUUAUGUAGGGCUAUGUAGAGCUGUGUAUGGCUAUGUAGGGCUGUGUAUGGCUAUGUAGGGCUAUGUACGGCUGUGUAUGGUUAUGUAGGGCUAAUUAGGGCUAUGUAUGGCCAUGUAGGGCUAUUUAGGGCUAUGUAUGGCUAUGUAGGUCUAUGUAGGGUUAUGUAGAGUUAUGUAUGGCUAUGUAUGGCUAUGUAGGGCUAUGUAGGGCUAUGUAUGGCUAUGUACGGCUAUUUAUAGCUAUGUAUGGCUAUGUAGGGCUAUGUAUGGCUAUGUAUGGCUAUGCAGGGCUAUAUAUGGUUAUGUAUGCCUAUGUAUACCUAUGUAUGGCUAUGUAGGGCUAUAUAUGCCUAUGUAUGCCUAUGCAGGGCUAUGUAAAGCUAUGUAUGGCUAUGUAGGUCUUUGUACAGCUAUGUAUGGCUAUGUAUGACUAUGUAUGGCUAUGUAUGGCUAUGCAGGGCUAUAUAUGGUUAUGUAUGCCUAUGUAUACCUAUGUAGGGCUAUAUAUGCCUAUUGAGCCUAUGCAGGGCUAUGUAAAGCUAUGUAUGGCUAUGUAUGGCUAUAUAGGGCUGUGUAUGGCUAUGUAUGGCUAUGUAGGGCUAUGUAUGGUUAUGUAGGGCUAUGUAGGGCUAUGUAGAGCUGUGUAUGGCUAUGUAGGGCUGUGUAUAGCUAUGUAGGGCUAUUUACGGCUGUGUAUGGUUAUGUAGGGCUAAGUAGGGCUAUGUAUGGCCAUGUAGGGCUAUGUAUGACCAUGUAGGGCUAUGUAGGGCUAUGUAUGGCUAUGUAGGUUUAUGUAUUGCUAUGUAUGGCUAUGUAGGGCUAUGUAGGGCUAUGUAUGGUUAUGUAUGGCUAUGUAUGGCUAUUUAUGGCUAUGUAUGGCUAUGUAGGGCUAUGUAUGGUUAUGUAUCAUUAUGUAUGGCUAUGUAGGGCUAUGUACGGCUGUGUAUGGUUAUGUAGGGCUAUGUAUGGCUAUGUACGGCUAUUUAUAGCUAUGUAUGGCUAUGUAGGGCUAUGUAUGGCUAUGUAUGGCUAUGUAGGGCUGUGUAUGGCUGUGUAUGGGUAUGUAGUUCUAUGUAGGGCUAUGUAUGGCUAUGUAUGGCUAUGUAUGGCUAUGUAUGGUUAUGUAUGCCUAUGUAUGCCAAUGUAUGGCUAUGUAGGGCUAUGUAAAGAUAUGUAUGGCUAUGUAUGGCGAUGUAGGGCUGUGUAUGGCUCUAUAGGGCUAUGUAGGUCUAUGUAUGGCUAUGUAGGGCUAUUUAGGGCUAUGUAUGGCUAUGUAUGGUUAUGUAGGGCUAUGUAGGGCUAUGUAGAGCUGUGUAUGGCUAUGUAGGGCUGUGUAUGGCUGUGUAUGGUUAUGUAGGGCUAUGGACGGCUGUGUACGGUUAUGUAGGGCUAUGUAGGGCUAUUUAGGGGUAUGUAUGGCUAUGUAGGGCUAUGUAUGGCUAUGUAGGGCUGUGUAUGGCUAUGUAUGGCUACGUAGGGCUAUGUACGGCUGUGUAUGGUUAUGUAGGGCUAUGUAGGGCUAUAUAGGGCUGUGUAUGGCUAUGUGUGGCUAUGUAGGUCUAUGUAUGGCUAUGUAGGGCUAUGUAUGGCUAUGUAUGGUUAUGUAGGGUUAUAUAGGGCUAUGUAGAGCUGUGUAUGGUUAUUUAGGGCUAUGUACGGCUGUGUAUGGUUAUGUAGGGCUAUGUAGGGCUAUGUAGGGCUAUGUAUGGCUAUGUAGGGCUGUGUACGGUUAUGUAGGGCUAUGUAGGGCUAGUAGGGCUAUGUAUGGCUAAGUUGGGCUAUGUAUGGCUAUGUAGGGCUAUGUAGGUCAAUGUAUGGUUAUGUAUGGCUAUGUAGGGCUAUGUAUGGGUAUGUAGGGCUAUGUAUGGCUAUGUAGGGCUAUGUAGGGCUAUGUAUGGCUGUGUAGGGCUAUGUAGGUCUCUGUAGGGCUAUGUAUGGCUAUGUAUUGCUAUGUAGGAUUAUGUACACUGCUUCUAGUAACUAACGGGGAACCACUGUAUGAUGCUUACACCACGUACCUACCGUUGUUGGUAGAUUAGUACUUCACAUUUGACUCGAAGCUUGGGUGGCACAGGUUAUUUCUUACGGUGGAAUCGACGAGGGAAAUUCGAACACUAGUUGUAGUGUUUGAAUUGUUAGGAGAAAUGGUCGCAUGGGGAUGUAGGAAUGGUAGGUUUAACGAACAAUUUUAAAUUUUGCCCCUUGAAUUGAAAGUGAAGUUCAUUUGAAUGCUUUCGUAUGUAUUUCUGACGGUUUUAGAUCUACCUGCUCGAUUUAUAUCUGCUACGCUUCAUGUUGACAAGUCCCCCAAAAUGGCGGCAAAACUUGGAGAUUGCCGAAAAUUAGGUAAGUUCACGGAGUUAUAAAGUUUUAGUAAAGGUCGGGCCGCAAAGUUUUUUUCUGUAGUUACCUUUUCUAUGGCACCUACUUCCUAGCUAUAUUAGUUGGAUCAGUUAAGAACGCCUCACUUUUUCAAAAAUGUACCUUGAAUUUGAUCGGUUUUCGCUUGUGUGACUUAAGCUAACCGUUAGGGUGUCGUUCAAGUCUUCCUGUUUGCUUGAUUGAAACGUGAUGUUCACGAAAGUCGCCUCGAUGGAUAAGAUAGAGUUAAUAUACAUGGCUGUGCUAUUUAUUUUUUGCUGAGUCCCGCAGUUUGUUGUAAAUUGUCCGCCAAAGUUGCCUCAAAUUAACGUCUUGAAAAGUGUCACGACAGGCCUUCGCUCGAGUGAAAUUUAAUUUCCGUAAAACUCUGAAAAAUAAAGAGAUCCGAUCAAACGGAUUGUGGUUUUAGUAUAGGUACAUGAGUGUCUUACAACACACAAGAAAUGAGCUAAAUCUGUCUCAAGGAAAAUCGACCGGACCUCUCUUACAGAGACACUCUCUUAAGCAUCACAGAAAUGCAUGAUGGCAAAGGUAAAACGGUAGCUAUCACUUUGAAAAUCGAAAUUUAAAUUUGCCCCUCACACUGGCCACCAUCUUGAAUUUCGGGGAAGGCUGAAAAGUUGCUUAUAUUCUUUUAACGUAAACAAAUCUUGUUUUAGCGUAGAUUUAAAACAUAUUUGAACUAAAAACAUGACUUCCGUUUAUUCUAGUGCUUAAAUUGUAACUACCUGAUGUCGUGAUUGCGAAUCAACAUUGCCCGUGAUUGGUCACUCAAUAAGACCGGCAGUUCGCAAUUUGUUUAUUAACUAGAAAAAAAUUUAAGGUUUAGAAAAUUGUUUCAGAAAAGAGUAAGUAAAUGAAUCAUAUUUACAUUGCAAGUGUAUUGAAUAGAGUCUCUUCUUAAAAACAACUUCUUAGUGGAGAACCUUAUCCAGUCACGCGUCCAUGACCGGAAUCAGUUUCCGAGGUUUCAGCUGAAUGUGAAUUCCCCGUGCGUCUCAUCAAAAUCAAUGUAAUGGCCGAAGUAAGUUCACGAACGAGAGAGAUUUGCAACUCGCUAAGCUUGUCUACACAGAAGUGAGUGAUGACUGACUCCCCUCCACGGCAAGAGAAAGCAGCCAGCGAAGACUUUUUAAUGAGCCGUUGCUCAUCCCAACGAAGGUGAAGGCUGUGCAUAAGGUUCGCAACAAGGAUCUAGUACUUCCUCUUGUACUUGGAUGGCACUUCUGAGACAGUUCCGGCAAGCCGAGAACAUAACCGGGCAGUUCCGAUGAAACGGCAGGCUACAGAAGUUGUAGAUCUCCUCUGGAGCUAUGUUCCACGUGGUCGCCUAGAGUAACUAACUUCGGGCAGCACGCGCGUAGAUGUAGUGUUUGAGGUGUAGCGCAAGGUGUUGAUCAAAAAUGUCAAAAGACUGAAAAUAACGUCUACUGCUGACAGUGUACAAUAUAGGGAUUUACUGCGAUGCACUAUGCUGUGAAGUCAUGGAACGAGCUGCUAAGUGCCAACACAAAUAGGCUGAAAUCGCCAAAUUCCUUGUGCCACAGGGCAAAACCGAAGCAUUCAUUAGAAGCAGACUCGGCAACUGGAUCAUGGACUCCCGUGUGACAACCGAAGACCAGUCGGGCGACUAGACGCAGACACAUAGUGGUCAGAGACCCUUUGUGACGAAGAGGCUGAAACGCGUAUUGUUCUCCAUGCUCGGCAUGCACGCAAGAAAGAAGGUGUGAUGCACUCCGAUACACUGACCAGAGACUGAUUUCUUUGUCCUAGUGCUUGCUCAUCGCAAAAACUUGACUUUGAAAAGGUUCCACGUGAAAAAGGGAACAGGCGCGAACAUUAAAUGUAACUCGACCCAGGCGAUGUUAACCACUAAUUCAUGAGGAGCCGUUAUAGGUGUAAACUCGAACACAGGCUGUGAUAACAUCUCUGCCUUCUUUGGUAAAGGGAAGUGGAAAGCAGUCCAGCUUAUUCAACCAAUGGAGGGUACGUCCGAGGUAUGGCGAGUAUCGCAGGAAAGAGUGAUCAGUAUACAAUGAGAACUUUAAAUUCAAGGUACGGAAGCACCCGCUUGUGAACUGUACGGAAAGAACUGGCCUGGUGCCCUCUACGAGAUUCAUCCCCAGCUUAAGGCUGGAAGGUCAAGCUGGAGAAUCUGCCGCCAUGCGAGUCAUCUCUUUGACUUACAGGAGCAAUUAUCAAGCCUCAAUGUGAAGAAGAACCAUCGAUCUGCUCCCCUCGUUGGCACGUCACCAUAGAGUAGUUGUAACUCCUAUGCGUAUGAACCUUUCUUCAGCUUAUGAUGUUCGAGCAGAAAAUGCAGUGUAUGUGAAUCUAUCUACGUUUAGGUUAAAUUUUCCAAACGCGGAUCUCAGCAGUGAAGAAUGGUGUUAUGCAAAUGUUGUCAGUUAUGGGAUCAUAGUGCUUUUGUUCUAAAACAAGCUCUAGACUGAAGAGUGGAGCACGUUUCGAGGUCAGGGGGGAAGCACUCCCUUAUUUGGCUAAUACAGGUCAGGUAUGUGCUGCUGAACACAAAGUCUUGAGUAUUAAACAGGGUGUAGAAUUUUACUAUUUAAAUAGUAAAAUUCUAAUCAUUUCUUUAAUUAUUUUAAUUGUAAAAUUCUAUUUUAAAAGUAAAUUCGAUUAAAACCGUUGUGAACAGUGUCUUUUUGGGCUCGAAGCCUUAAAAAGACUGUGAAGGCUAGCGAUUUGCAUACAUUUGCAAUACCAAUAAUUUUUUCCCAAAGUACUAUUUCGUGAUGUUAGCUUGAAAAACUAUUUCAGUGAUCCUUUAUCAUGUUCAUGUAAAACAAAACAAAUCAAUGUCCGAAUCUUAACCAUUGUAGAGGUUUGAAGGUCUCGACGGUACAGCUCUUUCCAGACUUCCCUUUAGUGCACCCCCCUUCCCCCGCUGGAGCACGUUAUCUGCUCUUAUUUGUGCCUUAUUGCCUCUAGGUAGAGGUAUGAUUUACUUACCGUAGAAAACGAAGCUACAGUAGCUCUAAACAUGUUCUUCUAGCACUGUGAUUUCGAUGGCCUUAAACCUUCGACGACUUCUUUGGUCGUUAUCACUCCAUAUGGAACGAUGCAUGAUCAUGUAUGUUUUCCUUCCUAGACCCAUUAUUUAUAAGCACCAACGUCACAAAAUGUUUCCAGCGAUAUCUCGUUUUGGAUAUUCUGACUAAUCCUAACAACGUUACACUCACAGAAAAGGUAACAUUUUAAGGAAAAAUCCACUGUCAAUGUGGCGGUUUAUCUGCUACUCUACAGUCCAGGAUCGUUAUCAAAUUUGAUAACCAUGUGACGUCACAACAUGGUGGACAUUCAGAAGUCGGGAAUUUUCGUACUUGCCUUUCUUUUUCCGAGAUUUUGUCCGAUCUUAUUCGGUGUAAACUCGUCAGGUACCCAUGUUUAUGUUCGGCAAGGCCAAGGAGCUUCACAUGUUUCAAAAUGGAAGAUAUGCAUCACGCAUAUUGAAGUAAAUUUCCCUCUCAAAGUGAAGCGUCCAUCAGAUUUUUGUUCCGAGAUUAGGUAUGUUUUUCCACUUCGUUGUUAAAUUUAAUGUACUUGUCGCUUUUUGUGAGAGUUGCAAAAAAUCUGGCGUUAUAUCCAAGGUUUAUGAUUUCUAUUCAGCAUGUUUCUAUUGUUGUGCACAAUCUCUCAAAAAAGUGCAUCAGGUAUUUUAUUCGCAAUGCGCUUUCAAUAAUGUCGGCCAUACUUGAUUGAUGUCUUCCUCAAAGUGCUGAGAUGGCAGAUGAUGCCCAUAGAAGCAAAACUUCAAAAAAGUUAUGUCGCCUUUGUGGCAAGAUCGCGUCUUCAAAUACCUCCAGACCACGCAACACGACUCCGCACUUCAGUAACGCAAAAUUUAUUUACACAUGAAACAUGCGUUAAACUCGAAAAUCCGUUUCUUUGGCAAUUCUUGACCAAAAACUUUCAUUUUGGUAUCACUAGAAAGCUCAAGAAAUGUAGUUUUUAUAAAACGAUUUGGUUUUGACGCGCCGUACAUAAAGCUAAACUAUUAUAGUACACGUUACGAAACGUUUUGACCGAGUUCGAAUUAAAUUGCAACAGAUAUGACUCUUCGUGCUAUUCGACUCGGCACUUCAGUAACGCAAAAUAUAUUUACAAGUGAAACAUGCAUUAAUUUGCAUAUGCACAUUUUCCGCUACAACGGCUUUCGCUACCUGUACAAUAAAAAAUUGAAGCAGUUAUUUGUAUAUGUUAAUCAAUGGAAGGCAUACUCAUUGUCUGCAUGUUCCGUUUUUGUUUCAUUGACAGAUCUAUGGACAACAACCAUCAUCGACAUCAUCCCCUCGUGACAAGAGGAAAAAAGGAGAAUGAACUUCGAAAAAGCAAACUUCUGUAGACGAUGUUAAAAAUAAAACCUCUAUCCUUAACAGAAUAACCAUUGUCUUCCAUCACUGUGUCUCUUUAAUUUGAACAUUUCCGCGGAAACAAAUUACGUAUAAGUUUGAUGAUUUGUUUGAAAUACACGAAGCUUUCCGCAGAGGUCUUAUUUGGAAAAAUGCGUCUCAAAUACAAUUUCACCAGUUUUACAAUCUACUGCGAGAUGUCUGUUAUAAAAAAUUGCCAGGUACAUGAGUUGCUGUCUCAGCAGUACUCCUUUCUAUUUCUGAGAACAUCUUGACAUCGUCCGCUAUAUUGAAUUCAAGAUCGCUUUCCCCCAAACUAGGUCACGUGAACGGAAAUUUAAACAGCGAUUGGCUCGUAAUUUUUUUUUGGGUCGAGGUUAUCAAAUUUGAUAACGAUCCCGGACUGCUCUAUGAAGAUUAAAGUUUUUCUUUCCUAAAAAGUUGGCUAGCCACAAUUCUAUACAAAAAAAUACGAUAAAGUGGGCAAAAAACUGCUAAUAUGGAAGAAAGGCAAAGAAAAAAAGAGAGCAAUAGAGAAAGAUCGAAAUAGAUUCGCAAAUAAAAAGUCAAAAUUUUGGCUUCUGCGCAUCCGUGAAAUACAAAAAAGCUGUUUAAUUACGCGAUUAGACGGAAAAUAUGUCUUUGUGUGAUGCAAAAUUCAGUUUUAGCCAUUUUUUUUAGCCAGGCCAAUUACAGUCCAAAGAAGAGGAAUUGGUGAAAAAUACGGUUUUUUGGCUGACUCGCCGGCCUUCACCAAAGGGUUAAAGAAAGUUACCAAUUUGUUUCAAAUUGACCUUUUUCCUCAUAAAAAAGUCAAAUUUGCCCAUUUCAGUACAAAACAGGUUUGUAAUGUGAAAAAGAAGAACUUCCAAUUUUAAUUAAUGUUAAUAGCAAUUUUCCCAUUUAGAUGAUUGAGAUAUUAGUUGAAUAGGCUAAUUUUAAAAGCAAAAUGGCGGUCACUGUAACGUCAUGUAUGACGUCAUCAUAUCUUGACUAACCUUAACAAUGCUAAAAUAAUAUCUCAGAUACCCAUUAGUUCAAAUCUUCUUUUAAAAAAUCGUGUGUUUAAAUUAAGAGAGAAUCAAAGGUUGGUUUAUAAAUCCAAGAUGGCGACCAAAAUAAAGGUUUAAGUGGCAAAUUAAAAAUUCGAUUUACAAAGUGAAAGCUACCGUUCUAUCCUUGCUAUCAUGCAUUUGUGAUGGUUUUUACCCAAAGAUUUAGAUUAUACAUGUUUUGUUUGUUCCCCUUAAGUGAGCCAUACAACCCUUCCCCCCCCCCCCAAUAGCUAAUGGACUAGGCAAAGUUAAAGAUUUAUGUGCAGGCGAUCAGGUGAUCAAUUUUCAGCAAGUUAUAGAAAACAUUAUUGCCUUAUAACAGGCUUAUAGCAACUGCGACAUUCAAAUACUUUACGGAGUAAAACAACACAAACUGAUUAAAAUGCCGAUGGAAUGCCAACAAUUUUCAUUCACAUGAUAUUAAAAGUGUUUUGUUGCGGGUCUCCUAUUUUUUAUGUUUAUCUAUUGCAACGCUUUCUAUUGAUUUUUUCCUUUUUUUGGUUAGCAGCGAAAAUUACUCUUUGAUUUUGAAUUAUAAAGCUAAAUCAUUCGUAUUUUCUCUUGUUACAGCCUGUACCUCUGGCGAAUAUCUUAAUGGAUUUAGUGGAUUCUUUUCAACUCCAAAUUUUCCGAAUAACUACCCUCAAUACAGCAAAUGUACAUGGAAUAUCACAGUUCCCAGCGGGUACAUCAUUAAACUUAGCUUCCUUUACUUUGGAUUGGAGCCAUAUCAGUACAUUCUCUGCUAUUAUUAUGCUCCAGGAGCCCGUGUUACAGUCACAAAUGUUGCUUCAGAUGAUGGGUAUCAGCCGUUUAUGCUGUGCGGUCAGUCUCUUCCUCCUGCAGUGUACUCAGUAGGGAAUUCCGUUCAAGUCAUAUUCACGUCUCUGAACAGUCAAUACCCAGGGUUUAAUGCAACUUACACGGCUAUCACCUAUAGUUCAGGUACUUGGUAUACAUCAUUUACAAGACAUGAUUUAGUUAAGAUUUAA